UAUGUCGGACAUUCGUCGGACAUUCUGGCGCUGGCAUGGUCCAAGAACGGGUUCCUGCUGUCGGCGUCGAUGGACCGCACGGUGCGGCUCUGGCACCCGCACCGCCCCGAGUGUCUGUGCACCUUCCGGCACCGCGAUAUUGUGACGUCGGUCGCGUUCAACCCGCGCGACGACCGGACGUUCAUCUCUGGGUCGCUGGACUGCAAGCUGCGGCUGUGGGAUAUCCCGGCACGGUCUGUCCGGCAUUGGACGAAACUGCCUGACGGCCAGAUGGUGACAUCAGUGGCUUUUACCAGCCCACGCGGCGACCACAUCGUGGCCGGUACGUACCGGGGUAUGUGUGUGUUCUAUGCCGCCGACGGCCUAGCUGUCCAGGGCCGUAUGCACGCGCGCUCGUCGCGUGGCCGCAAUGCCAAGGGCAGCAAGAUCACCGGCUUCGCCUACCUGCCCACCGGCGCCAUGACGCCGCAGCUGGCCCGACGCCUGGGGCUGGAUGGUGAGCAGAGCGAGCCAGGUUACCAGCUGCUGGUCUCGAGCAAUGACUCGCGCCUGCGCAUGUUCAACCUGCAGUCGCGCCAGCUG